AUGUCCUACCCUUCUUCCAGUGAUGAAAUUGCAAAGCAAGCUCCCGAGAGCGUCUCGAAAUCCGUUGAAAGCGUUGGAAAUACCAGCCUUGUCGACCCCUCGGAUGCGCUAAGUUUUCCCGAAGGUGGUUUCACCGCUUGGGGUACAGUGCUGGGCGCUUUAUUGAUUCAAUUCUGUGGCUUUGGAUAUGUCAGCGCUUACGGUGUCUUCCAGGGCAAGCAUAUUUACUUUUAUACUCAAACAUACCUCACUAAUUCAACACCAUCUGCAAUCGCCUGGAUAGGAAGUGUCAAUGCGUUCUUGAUAUUAUCAGUUGGUAUCGUGUCAGGAAGAAUGGUCGAUCGGGGCGCAUUUUACCCUGUGAUGAAAAUCGGCUGUCUCCUUCAAUGUUUCUUCCUCUUUAUGUUGUCACUGGCAAAACCAGAACAGUAUUAUCAAGCAAGUCUCAUAUUCCUUUCCCAAGGUAUCGGUUUAGGUUUUGCAAUGGGCCUUACGAAUGUUCCCUCCAUCGCCGUAAUAUCGCAUCAUUUCCAGCGACGCAAAGCUUUUGCGAUGGGAAUCGUCGCCGCGGGAGGGUCACUGGGUGCGAUCUUCCACCCCGUCAUGCUCAACAAUCUUAUCAAUGGAAGACUUGGCUUUGCAAACGGUGUCCGUGCAAGUGCGGCUCUGAGUGGUGGCUUGCUUUUCAUCGCAAAUCUCCUGAUGCGAACAAGGCUUCCGCCGCAACAAAAGAUCGUUAGCUACACCCGCGUUCUCAAAAACUCGUCGAGAGAUGGUGCUUACAUUUGUACCUGUGUAGGGAUGGCUGCUUUUGAAUUCGGGUACUUCUUCGAAUCCUUUUAUCUCCAGUUAGAUUCCACCCUGCAUGGUCUAAGCCAAGGAUUUUCGUUUUAUUCCAACUGCUUAUCACCCCGACAGCUCACAAUCCUUAGUUCUGGUUCUUUCAUCGGAAGACUUACUGGGGGUGUUGUCGCUGCAUACGUGGGCAUCCCGAACACCAUCAUCGUCUCGUCAUUAAUAUCCUCCGCUGUACUAUUUGCAAUGGUUGGCCUGCACUCGGCCACCAGUGUAGCUGUUAUAGCUGUAAGUUAUGGGGUUUUUUCCGGAGGUGUUGUAGCAAUGAUGGGCCCGUUGAUAUCGCAUCUGACCCCUGAAUUCUCACAUACCGGCGCACGGAUGGGGAUAGCGUUUGCAACAUCUAGUGCACCGAUUUGUGGGGCUGUCCUGACGUCGCAUUACAUCUGGUGGAAGGCUGCUAUCCUUGCUGGGGCGAGUGAACCAUAUCAAGCUGCGCUUUCUGUUUUUGGCUAA